AGAAAUAUAUACAGUACAUGUCAAAAAUACAGUAGUGUUCUCCAAAUUUAUUAAAAUCGCGAAUUCGCCAAAAACUAAAUAAACCAGUGAUUCUACUGAUACUAGUGUGGCACAAUGACUUUGAAGAGUUAUACUUGCUCCAACACUUCGGACUUGGUGCCACUAUACCUUCCACAGCAACUAUACCUGAAACCGAUAGCUCGACUCAACAUGUCUCUUCAACUACCGAACGUGAAAAAAUUGGGCAAAAGUGUCUCGCAUUGGGAGAUCAUGGAUAAAAUCCGCGCUCUCGUGAAACCCGAUGAAUUCACUAUCCUCAAAGUCACUAAAACUACGUUAGAAUUCGUUAGAUUUGAAGGAGAAAUAGAAACCAAGGAUAGGCUCCAACGUGUGGUCUCUAAAAUCGACAACAAGAUGAUAAAAUUAAAAGAUUUCAGUGAGAUGAUGAGAAUUCGCGCCGCUGAGUGGAAAUCUGACUUCCCUAACCGGCGAAUAUGGGAUGAUUUCUUCUCAAAUGCCAAAAACAUGGAUGAAAUGAAGCCUGGUGAACGUCCAGACACCAUACACAUCUAUAACUUACCAUCCAGAUGGUUCAUUCCCUACCAUCAGUCUGGUGAAGAAGACAUAACCCCAUCGGAAAAACUGUUUUACCGGGUGUUUGAAAAAUUCGGCAAUAUUCGUUAUGUUGACAUUCCCACCUGUGAUCCAUACAGGAAAAAGAUGAAGGAUGCCAUUUCAGGACUGAAACAUUCAACCUUUGAGAACACUGAAUUUUUUGAAGGUUAUGUGCAAUUCAAGGACUAUAUGGGGUUUGUGAAGGCCAUGGAUGCUUUGAGGGACAUGAAAAUUGUGCACAAAGAAGAUGAUGGGGCCACUGAAGUGAAUAUGAAAGUAGAAUUCGAUAAGACCAAACAUUUGAGUGAGGCUUCCCUUAGAAGACGUGAGAUUGUAAGGGACAGACUUGUAAGGAAGGCUAGAGAGAAAGAAGAGAAGGAUAGGGCUGAGUUGGAAGAAAAGAAACGUCAAGAAGAAUUGGAAAGGCAAAAAGAAUUAGAUGUGAUUGAACAGAAGAAACUGCGCCGGAAACUUAGAGAGGAAAAAAGAAAAGUGAAAAUUUUGGAGAAGCUGGAAAUAUCUGGAACUGAUGAAAUCAAUGAGAAAAUCGCCAAAGAAGAGAAGAAAUUGAUGAGAGUGCAAAGAAAAUUGGAAGCUAUUAGACUAGUAGAGGAACUUUUCAGAAGAAUCAAAGAAAAAAAUCCUGAAAACGUGCAAUUGUACGACAACAUGCCGAACCCAGCACAUGACGAAUUGAGGCGGUUCAAGAACACCAGCGAACUUGAAGUGUUAACACAGAGAGAAAGACUGCAUGAUGCCCUCAAAGGUCGUGUCAUGCUCAAAACCAUCCUUUCUGAAGGACAGCGUACCAGAAGGUACUCUUCUUCCAGCUCAGACUCCAAUUUUUCUAUCGACUCGUCAGUGCAAAGACAGCGACCGAGGAGUCCCACCCUCGAAAAAUACCCGGAACUGUUGUACGAUCCCAACUGGUUGGGGUACCAGUACCAUUUCCCCCCUGGGCCUAUGUACCCCCAGUACCCCCAAUACCAAGAUAUCUUCUCUGUCAUGAGGGGUGGUUUCCAGCCGAGAGGUAGACCGUUUCCUAGAUAUCCAGGCAUGCCCGGGCCGUCCAGAGGGGGAUACAACAACAACAGACGCAGGGGCAACUACCACCCCCGCAACCGCGGCGGUUACCCCCGGGGCGGUGGUAACCCGCGCCCUUACCACCGCGACCUCGAAGAGCAGUACCAGCGGUACUUCGACAAGUUCCUCGACGAGCACGACGACAGGGGUCGCUCCUAUUCGCCUCGUCGAAGGUCAAGGUCGGGCAGCAGGAGAAGGUCGAGGUCAAGGUCGCGAGACGACCGGUCAAGGUCGAGACACGACCGCUCAAGGUCGAGGUCUAGAAGAUCGAGGUCGAGAAGGUCGAGAUCGCGUUCGUACAGGUCCAGGUCCCGGUCUAGGGGCAGAUCGAAAAAAUCGUACUCUCGCGAAAGAUCCCGGUCAAAAUCCAGCAGGAACAAAAAAUCUCGCAGAAGCAGAUCUCGAUCGAAAACUCGAGAAAAGUCACACCGAAGCAGGUCGAGAACGAAAGAAAAGUCCUCGAAAUCUGAGGAAAUUCCGGGGGACAAGUCCAAGUCCAGGGAAAAAUCGGUGGAUAGCUCGACGUUCAUGACGCCGAAGCAAUUAUUGAAACAAAGACGUGAUAGGUCGAAAUCUUGGUCGUUGCCUAAGGAGGGGGAAGAAGCAAAGGAUAGGUCGUGGUCGAAAUCUCCAGAGAGAAAAAAAUAACUCGUUGAUAUUUUUUUCUAAUAAAUUUAUGUAACUUUC